AUGGGAGCUGGUAUUGCGUGCAUGCGUUUGUGUGUUGGCAGGGAUUCAAAAUUAUUGUCUUAUGUGGACUCCCCCAGUGCCUCCAUACCUGCCUCCAUCACUGGUCUUUCCACUCUGCAACUCCUUGAUCUGACCUACUUUAUUUUGGGCGGACCCAUUCCAUCCCUCGCCAGUCUCACUGACCUCACGUACCUAGCCAUUGGGACCAGUGGUGGUGCCAGUGGCAGCCCUCAGACUGGCACACUGGACGGACUGGCUUGGCUCUCCUCCCUCACCAAACUGCAAAUACUGGAUCUAUCCUACCUUCGUUUUGUGGAGUUUCCGAUUUGGAUCACUCAACUCACCAACCUUCAGUAUCUGAACUUGUAUGCAGACUAUCCACAACGCCAGGGACGAUUGCUGAAUGAUGAUCUCUCUCAGCUCACAGCACUCACCAGCAUGUCCCUCCACGGAAACAACCUCGAAGGCUACCUUCCCAAUAGCUGGACCUUUCUGGUCCAUCUGCAAGAGCUAAAGUUGGGAGUCAACCGAUUUGAAGGCACCAUUCCGGCAACAUACUCGGCCCUAACAGGCCUGACUGCAAUAGACUUGUCGUGGAAUCAACUGACUGGUACAAUUCCCCCUGCAUUUGCCACCAGCAUCCAGUCAAUAUUGCUCCAUUACAAUGCUUUCACUGGGCCCAUCCCACCGCACCUGCUGGCACUACCCAACCUCUCUGAACUAAUACUAUCACACAAUCAUUUCACAGGAGCCAUUCCCAACAACUUCACUCGCCUCAAUAGGAUGAAUCUUCUAGACAUUUCUUCCAACAAUCUCAGCUCAGGUCUUGACGUGGUGGCUCAGAUGACAUGGCUCCAAGACAUAUCGAUCAAUGACAACAACUUCUCUGGUGUGCUUCCAGCGUCGUUCACAGCAAUCAGUGGCAUCACAAACUUGGUUGUUUACAACAACCAUUUCACUGGAACCUUCCCAAGUUUUGUUCUGCGCCAGAAGGACCUCUUUAUCCUAAACUUGGCCAACAACAGUUUCACAGGGACCAUUCCCCGUGAAUUGACCAAGCUUGUCAACCUAGCCCACAUAUAUCUCAAUAACAACGAUUUUUAUGGAACAAUCCCAUCCGGCCUGCUUCAGCUACCCAUUUUGUACACGCUGGAUGUCUCUAACAACUUUAUUUCUGGGGAGAUCCCACGGACUUUCAGGGUCACACCUUCUCUUCACAUGCUUAGCCUGGGAGGAAAUGGCCUGACGGGCUCCUUACCAGACUUCUCACGCUGGAAAGUCAGCUGUGAACAGAUAGAUCUCAGCAGCAACAACUUCACAGGGUCGAUUCCCGACUCCAUCUCCACCCUCACCACCCUCAUUGGCAUUUUUCUCAACAACAACCAGCUGACUGGCACCAUCCCUUCAGCCAUCUUCACCAUGAGGAAUCUGACAUACCUCUAUUUGGCCAACAACCAUCUGACUGGGAGUCUGCCAGAUGCCAUCAGCAAAUUGGAGAACCUUGAACAGAUCUGGUUGGACAACAACGAGAUUGAAGGCCCUCUGCCAACUGGCCUAUGCUCGCUGCACUGGCUGUGGCGCUUCAUGGUCAGCAACAACUACCUCUAUGGACCCCUGCCAGACUGCUUCUUUCACAAGUGCAUCAGCCAAAUUGAUGUGAGCAGCAACAGCCUAUACGGGCGCAUCAACCGCGACUUCGAGAACAUGGUGGCAGAUGGCAAUGCCCUUAUCAACUUGGCUCACAACUUCUUCUUUGGGGAUGCCGUGCUCUUUGCUGCCGGCUGCAAGGUCUGCCCCACAGAGGUCAGCGAGCCCAACAACCUGGACAUAUGGGACACCUCUCUUAUAUAUCAAGACUUUGGUGGCAGGUGCAGCAAUGCUGCGACCCAUCUGCUUGAUAAUAACCCCAUGGUGCAGUCGGGCAAGACGACAAGGGUGAUUCUGUCAGGCAACUGCCUGACCCUCAGCCCAAGGACAAAGUGCACGUCCAAGGGCACCCAGCGCAGCGCAACAGCCUGCCAGGCGUUCUGCAGCAUCACGGACAACGGGCCGUGUGACGGCCAUGGGGCGUGUGUGCCGGCUACCCCCACUUCCCCCUCUAACUUCACGUGCAUCUGUGAUGCGGGGUACACCACUGUCGACUCGGGCAACGGCUCCUCCACAUGCGCAAUUGUCCACUCCACCACCAACACUGUGUCGUCUCUGUCCACGGGCGCCAUAGUGGGCAUUGUUGUGGGCUGCUUUGCUGGCUUCACGCUGCUGGCUGCGGUGGUCGCAUGGCUGCUGUGGCCCCGCGGACCAAAGAAGUGGGAGGGUUUGGAUGUGUGCGAGCAGUUCUCACUGCAGCAGAUGCUGAAGGCCACCAGCAACUGGUCGGAGGACAAUGUGUUGGGCAAGGGUGGCUUUGGCAUUGUCUACAAAGGCUGCUCGCCUCAGGGCCAGCUGUGGGCCAUCAAGCGAUCCACCAUCAUGACCAACGACUUUGAAACAGAGGUGCGAGCCAUGGCCUCUCUCCACCACACACACCUCGUGCGCCUGCUGGGCUUCUGCCUGGACCAGAACGUGGAGACGGGCAAGCAGGAGCAGAUCCUCGUGUACGAGUUCAUAGGCAACAGAGACCUCGAGUACCAUAUCCACAAGACCAAGCGUCCGCUCUCGUUUCGCCAGAGGUUGCGCCUGGCACAGGGAGCAGCAGAGGGCCUGGCAUACCUGCACGGGUUUGACACACCCAUCGUUCACCGCGACAUCAAGCCGGCCAACAUCCUUGUGACAGCAGACAUGCAAGCCAAGGUGGCUGACUUUGGGCUGCUCAAGCGCCUCACUCAUGGCGAUGCUGAUGUCACACGAGUGGCUGGCACUCCAGGCUAUGUGGAUUCGGACUACAGCCGCACCCACGUCAUCACUGUCAAGAGUGAUGUGUUCAGCUUUGGAAUUGUGCUUCUUGAGCUGCUGAGUGGCAAGUCACCCCAAGUCGACGAAAAAACACAUAUAAAAAAAUGGGCAAUGAAGCUGGUGGAGGUGUAUGAGCUAGAGGAGCUGAAGGACAGCAAGAUGCCGGUGGCAAGCGAGGAGGCCAUAGUGGACUUUGCAGACCUGGCUCUGGACUGCAUCAAGUCUCCCGGCACACGGCGACCCACCAUGAAGGAUGUGGCAUACCGCCUCAGUGCCCUCAUUGCCAAGCACUGUCCCAACAAGGAGGAUGAGUGGGAGAAUGUCGCGGAGGAAGACGGUGCAAGCAACGAGGAUACCGAUGAGCAGGCCUCUGUUUCUGUGCCGGUGCACCCCCGUCCUGUUGCUCUAUGUGUCAUCUUGGCUGUGUUUUGCCUUGACGCAGCACCCGCUCAUGGCCUGCUUCCCCUCCGCUGCUCCCCUCCUGCCCACUUCUCCCCUCUCUUCUUCUGUCACCCCCAUUCACUGCUAGCUACCGUGCCCUCAUCCCCCUCUCCUGCCUCGGGUGAUAGAUAA